CAGUAACUUUGCGAGGCCGAUUAAUCAGCGCCGGAGCUCGUGCAUAUCACCUCCCGUCUCCGUCCAACACCAUCGCAUUGAACAUCGUGACUCACUUGGUGCUCUCACCACAUCCGAUCCACGUCUCCGACAAUCAUUGCGCAUUUCGUCCUGGUCGAAUCAUGUCGGUCCCCGAUGACUCGAUCCUCAUCCUCGGAGCAGGCAUCUUCGGCACUUCGACGGCCUAUCAUCUAGCAAAGACAUAUCGCAAUCCGGACCGCAUCACAGUCAUCGACCGCACCGCGUCACCACCCGAUCUUGCCGCCUCGACGGACAUCAACAAAAUCAUCCGCGCCGAUUACUCGUCUCGCUUCUACUGCGACCUGGCCUACGAAGCUCUAGACGCCUGGAAGACCUGGCCGGAACUCCAGCCCUACUAUCACCAGUCCGGAUGGAUCAUGCUGGAUGGUGAGGACAGUGAUCUUGCGGAACGCAUACGGCGGGUCUUUCGGGAUCGGGGGCAUGAUCUGACGUCGGAUAUGGAGUUGGGGGAAUUGGAUGAGCGGUGGGGCGGAUGUUUGAACGGAACGGAUACGACGGGCCUCAAGAAUGGGUAUUGGAAUCCUGAGGCGGGGUGGUGUGAAGCUGCUGCUGCAACGGGAAGUCUGAUGGAGGCGGCCAAACGACUUGGGGUCAGGUAUGUGACUGCGGAUGUUGUUGGGGUGGAACUAGAUGGGGCACGGGUGAGCGGAUUGCGCACUGCGAAGGGCGAGCUUCUGACCGCAGACAAAAUCGUCAUUGCAACGGGCGCUUGGACGAGCAGUCUGCUUUCUCCACUGGAAAACGAGUUGAACAUUCCGGAAGACGAAAGAGUUGAAAAGCAAGCACAAGCUGCCGGCGUCGCUGUCGCACACUAUAAAAUGACUGACCAAGAAAUGAGCCAACUCCGAGACAUGCCGGUAGUCGUGUACGGCGAAAGUGGCGAAGUCAUUCCACCACCUUUGAGCAACCGGCUAUUGAAGUUCACCAAUGCACGCACCUUCACCAACAUCGAAACGACAAAAUCAGGCCACAAGAUCUCCGUCCCACCGAAUCGAGACCAGCAUAUCGUUUCCGAUCGGCUGAAACGCGAGACAGAAACGCAUAUGAUGUCCAAAGUCAUGCCGGCAUUCGCCAAAGGCAAGACGGCGGAUUACUGGCGAAUAUGCUGGGACGCGCGAACCCCGACGCAGGACUGGCUACUCUGCAGACAUCCGGACGAUCGACUGAGCAACUUGUACUUCAGCGUUGGCGGCAGUUUCCACUCGUACAAAUUCCUACCGAACGCUGGGAAGUACAUGGUGAAUGUUCUCAACGGGACUGGGAAUGGAGAGGAGAGAGACCGGGCUUGGGGGUGGAAGAAGGCUGGAGCAGGAUGGCGAGGAGCGCAUGAGAAGACAGCACCGAAGAGGGAUUUGAAAGAUCUCGAUUAUGGGGAAUAGAUGAGACCGAAUGAUCCUGCAACAGCCUCUCUCGACACUGACCACAUCCAGCUUCAACACUACUCCCUGGUCGAAGCCCCUCCGCAGCCCGACAUUACUUCUCUUGGGCCCCCCUGAGUCGAAGCUGAUUGG